AUGUCGUCACCACUUGAAUCAGGAGACAUGGAUAGGUCGGCGUGGAAUUCGCAUCCGUUUAGGUGGAUUCUGGUGCCAAUUCUCAUCCUUCUCGUGGCUGCCGCCAUCAUAACAUGCUUGCGAUACAAAAGACGAAUGCAAUACCGCGGGUACGGCAUAAAUGCAAGCGAAAGGGAUCUGGAAGGUCAGGGACAGAAUCGUCGGCCGAACUCUCGGUGGCAAUGGGCUGGAGCGGAUGCUCCUCAGGGGGCGGGUAGGAGAAGACCAGGCUUUGGCUUCGGUUUGGCCAAUCGUGAAGAAGGCCUGAAUGAGCUGGGCGAGGCACCGCCUGCUUACACACCGAGCCAUAAGAGGGCGAAUACCGAGGAGGAUGUUGAGCUGGAGGAUGUGACAAGACCGACUCCACAAUCAUCUUUGUCACAGUCGAAUUUGCAAACCUUACCGGAAGCGAGACCUGACGUGGCUAGUCCACCAGGAUACGACGAGGCUUCCCAACCUCCUUGGCCAGCAUCACCUCCAGCUGCGGCUGUUGGACAGCACUAA